ACUGCCUAGCCACUCUUUUUGAAAUUAAGAAAUACAUGAUGAGACGUAUGAGCAGACAGCAGAACUUUAAAAAAUAUAUCGAUAAUGAUAUGAAUUUGAUAUCUGAAAAAAAAAAACACUGAUUUAUAUUCAGAAAAAAUAUCGAUUAUUUGAAAUAUCGAUAGUUUUUACCCAAACCUAUCUUCGCCUGUUCUACUACUACACUGACUUUGACAAGUUGAAUGUUGAUAUUUUGGUAACCUAAAAAUUUUAUUGAAGUUAGAAUUUGUUUAUUUAUUUCAUUUAAGUAAUGAAAUGAACAGUUUCCAAACUAAGAAAAAUCUCUAUUGGGAUUUCUUUUUUAAAGAGAAACCAAUUAAAUUAACCGAGGCCCGGUAUUUAAAAUUGCAUGAUGAAAGAUGGGGAUUGUUGACAGAAUUUUAUCUGGAGUCUGUUAAGAUUAAUAAAAUUAAUACUGGCGAAAUGUGUUCGGCUGCAACAUUAAAAGUUUCUGAUCGAGCAGGGCAAAUAAUAUGUGUAGCUAAAGGUCACAUAAUAGGAUUGUUAUUCGACUUGACACCUCAAGAAUGGAGUGACGUCGAGAAAUUAAAUUGCUGGGGAGAUCAAUUGUUCUAUAGAUACUUCAAAAAUGGAAUAAAAAGCUCUUUUAGUUAUGAACAUAAGUUGUUUUACAACUUUUGUAUGAGUAAUCAGACUCAAAAACCUCUUGCUGUAGUAUUCCGAAGAACCAGUAACAUGAGAAAUGUUGAUAGAAAUAAUGCUGUUCUUGAGAUACUUGAGAUGCGACAUUGUAAUGAACAAUUAUUAGACUUGUAUCUUGAUCAUAUAAAAAAAAGUCAAACUGUGGAUAGCUGACACACAACUGUAAUCUCAUAUUUCCAAAAAUUAUGAAAUAAAAGCUAUUUUGAAACCUUACCAAAUUUUCUUACUCUUAAUAAAGUCA